CACCACCUCCACCCUCGCAUCCCGAUGCCCAGCGCCAGCGCGCCGAGCCAGACGCAAACGCCGUAGCGCGGCUGCCGGCUCAUGUCGGCCAACACCAUGGCCAAGGCAGCGGCGACGGCGGCGGCGCCCAUGUCCGGCUCCUCCGACCCCUCCCCGUCCUCGUCCGCGGCGGCGUCACCGCUGGCGCUGCUCCGGCAGCACCCUCACGCCCACGCCGGCCACCUGACGCCGCCCUCGCCGGCGUCGGGGCCCGCGCCGCCGCCGCCGUCCCCGGCGUCCGCGCCGCGGGACUACCGCAAGGGCAACUGGACCCUCCACGAGACGCUCAUCCUCAUCACGGCCAAGCGGCUGGACGACGACCGCCGCGCUGGCGCUGGCGCUGGCGUCGGAGGCCACGGCCACGGGUCGCCCACGACGCCGCGGUCGGCGGAGCAGCGGUGGAAAUGGGUGGAGAACUACUGCUGGAACCAUGGCUGCCUCCGCAGCCAGAACCAGUGCAACGAUAAGUGGGACAACCUCCUCCGCGACUACAAGAAGGUCCGCGACUACGAGUCCCGCACCGCCACCACCACCGCCGCUGCCGCACCCGCCGCGGCGCCCGGCGGCGGCGGCGCGGGCGCCGUCCCGUCCUACUGGAGCAUGGAGCGGCACGAGCGCAAGGAUCGCAACCUUCCCACCAACCUGGCGCCCGAGGUGUUCGACGCGCUGACGGACGUGCUCUCCCGCCGAGCCGCGCGGCGCGGGGGCGCGGCGAUCGCGGCCGCCCCGCCACCCCAGCUCGCGCUCCCGCCGCCGCCUCCUCCUCCACCACCUCCAGCGCCGUCAUCCCCGCCGAAGCCUCUCCUCGUGCAGCCCCGCGCCCCGCCGCCACCGCCUCCACUGCCGCUUCCGACAGCGGUGGCGCCGCCGGCGACGUCGGUUUCCGCUGAGGAGCUGACUGGGUCGUCGGAGUCCGGGGAGGACGAGGAGGAGGAGGGGUCGGAGGACGGCGAGGAGCCGGAGCCGAAGCGGCGGCGGCUGAACCGUCUGGGAUCGAGCGUGGUGCGCAGCGCGACGGUGCUGGCGCGCACCCUGGUGGCGUGCGAGGAGAAGCGGGAACGGCGGCACCGGGAGGUCCUGGAGCUGGAGGAGCGGCGGUUGCGGCUGGAGGAGCAGCGCACGGAGGUGCGCCGCCAGGGCUUCGCCGGCCUCAUCUCCGCCGUCAACAGCCUCUCCAGCGCCAUCCACGCUCUCGUCGCCGAUCACCGCAGCGGCGACUCCGCAUCCCGGUGACCGCCGCCGCCGCCGAUCGCCGUCGUCGUGCAUGCCCUCAUGCCUAGCUAGCAGCCUAGCAUUCUCGCAUUGUGCGAUCCGGCCGGCUGAUCGACGACGACGACCGAUGAGGCAUCAGAUGUAAAUAAGGUGGAUGAUGAUGAUUGAUUGUGUUGGAGACACUGGAGAGGCUGUGACUAGAAAUUUUUUUGGAGAUUGGUGGGUCGCAUGCAUGCAGGCAUCAUCGCGGCAUGCAUGUACAUGUCCUAGCUUAAUUGGGUGUCUUGUUCCUCUGGCCGGCUUGAUGAGUUCGUCUUCGAUCUCCUGGGCUAAGUACUGAGCAGCAGCAGUGGACUUGACACUGUUGUUACUGUUGGUGUUGUGGAAUGGUGUGGGGGUAUUCAUUAU